AUGUCAACUUUUGGUGUGUGCAGAGAGACAGUGUGCAUCCCAAAUGAGAGAGAGACAUUGUUGAAAUUGAAGCAUCAUCUCAAUGAUUCUUCAAAUAGGCUUUCAUCUUGGAAUGAAACUGUCGAUUCUAAUUGUUGCAACUGGGUUGGAGUUGUCUGCAAUAACAUCACAGCCCACGUUGCAGAGCUUCACCUCAGCACUCCAUUUCCUACUUUCCGUGAUGCAUUGGAUGAAAAUGCUUAUGCAGUAACUAACCUAGAAGCUUACGAAGAGUACACUAGAUCUCAAUUCGGGGGAGAGAUAAAUCCUUGUUUGGUUGAUUUGAAGCAUUUGAAUUACUUGGAUUUCAGCGGCAAUCGUUUUGAAAGUAAGCCAAUUCCUUCUUUCAUUGCAGCAAUAACUUCCUUGACUCACCUCAACCUUUCUUAUUCUGGAUUCAUGGGAAUUAUUCCUCCUGAAAUUGGAAAUCUAUGCAAUUUGAUUUAUCUUGAUCUGAGUGAUGCCGCCAGCGGAACUGUUCCUUCCCAGAUAGGAAAUCUCUCCAAUCUGCUUUAUCUUGACUUGAGUUCUUCUGUCAGCGGAACAAUCCCUUCUCGGAUGGGGAAUCUCUCUAAUUUGCUCUACCUUGACCUCGGAAAUAAUAAUUUGUUUAUAGAAAAUGUUGAUUGGCUAUCAAGUCUUUCAGAGCUUGAAUAUCUUGAUUUGAAAGGUGCAAACCUAUCCCAGUCAUUUCAUUUCCUUCACACUCUCCAAGUUCUUCCUUCUUUAAUGCAUCUACAUUUGUUAACAUGUACACUUCCUUACCAUAAUCAACCAUCCUUUCUUAACUUCUCAUCUCUCCUCAGUCUCGAUCUUUCUGCUAUUUCCCAUUCUUCUUCAAUAUCUUUUGCAUUGAAGUGGGCUUUUGAAUUGAAGAAACUUGUUUCUCUUACUUUAAGUUCUAACAACAUUGAAGGCUCAAUUUUUGAUGAUAUUCGAAACCUUACAUUUCUUGAAAAUCUUGACUUAUCUUUCAAUUCAUUCUCAUCUUCUAUACCUGAUUGGAUUUACAUUGGCCUUCCUCAUCUCAAGUUCUUGGACUUAUCUCGUAACAACUUACAGGGGACAAUUUCUGAUGCCUUGGGAAAUGUGACUUCUCUUAUUACACUUGAUCUAUCAGGCAAUCAACUUGAAGGUCCAAUUCCAAGUUCUAUAGAAAAAGUGACUUCUCUGGUUACACUUGACCUACUUGAUGACAACAAAAUCGGUGGAGAACUUCCAAAAUCACUUGGAAAACUUUCAUCACUGAUAUCUCUUCGUAUGUCCAAAAAUCAAUUUAGUGGAAAUCCAUUUGAAAUUCUUAGAUCACUCUCUAAAUUGUCAUAUCUUGAGAUUGGUGACAAUUGUUUUGAAGGAAUUGUAAAGGAAGAUCAUCUUGAAAAUCUUACCAGGAUAAGGUUGUUUGAUGCAUCAGGAAGCAAUUUGACUUUAAAAGUGGCACCCAAUUGGCAUCCUACUUUUCACCUUAGAUAUUUGGAUAUUAGCUCUUGGCAGUUACGUCCAAACAUUCCACCAUGGCUUCAAUCACAAAACACACUUCAAUAUUUAGCAAUGUCUAACACAGGAAUUUCAGAUUCUGUUCCCACUUGGUUUUGGGAGAACUUUUCUUCUCUUCAAUUUUUAAAUCUUUCUAAUAAUCAUAUUCAUGGUGAGAUUGCAAAAUCAUUGAGAAAUCCAAUAUCUUUCACAGUCAUUGAUCUAAGCUCAAAUCACUUGUAUGGUGAAUUACCUUUUCUUUCUAAUCAUGUUUUAUGGUUAGAUCUUUCAAAUAAUUCAUUCUCCAAGUGCAUGAAUGAUUUCUUAUGUUGCAAACAAUGUAAGAAGUUUAGCUUAUAUUUUCUCAAUCUAGCUUCCAAUAACUUAUCAGGAAAAAUACCAGACUGUUGGACAAAGUGGCCAGAUUUGGUGGAUGUAUAUUUACAAAGCAACCAUUUUGUUGGAAACCUACCCUCAUCCAUGGGCUCUUUAGUUUUGUUGCAAUCUUUGAGCAUUCGUAAUAACUCACUCUCAGGAAUAUUUCCUACCAGUCUGAAGAAGAAUUUCUAUAUGAUAUCCUUGGACCUUGGCGAAAAUAAUCUUUCAGGAACCAUUCCAUCAUGGAUUGGAGAAAGUUUGUUAAGAUUAAAAAUUCUUCGCCUUCGAUCAAACAAUUUUUCAGGUGAUAUUCCAAAUGAAAUGUGUGAUAUGAUAUUUCUCCAGAAUUUAGAUCUUGCACACAAUAGUUUGUCUGGACAUAUUCCAAAUUGUUUCAAUCACUUCAAAGCCAUAUUGCAAAAGAACAAAAGCCCAGCUUUAAGUAUCUAUUCUAAUGCAUCUACCUUUUAUACGGGAUACUAUGAAAUCGGUAUUAUUUUAUGGAUAAAAGGAAGAGCUACAGAGUACUCUAGUAUUCUUGGUUUGGUGACAAAUAUUGAUCUUUCUGAUAAUAAUUUAUCAGGAGGGAUACCUAAAGAAAUCACUGAGUUAGAUGGUUUGAUAUAUUUGAAUUUAUCCAAAAAUCAAUUGUCUGGCCAAAUUCCACUAAGUAUUGGAAAUAUGAGAAUGUUAGAAUCCAUUGAUAUCUCAAAAAAUCAACUUUCAGGAGAAAUCCCUCCAACCAUAUCAAAUUUGAACUUUCUCAGCUACCUAGACUUGUCUCAUAACCAUUUAGAGGGAAAAAUUCCAACUGGGACUCAAAUUCAAAGCUUUGAAGCAUCCAACUUUGUCGGAAAUAAUUUGUGCGGUCCACCCCUACUCAUCAAUUGUAGUUCCAACAAGGAAAUUCCAUUUAUUAACCAUUCUGGAAUGGAGAAUGAUGGCCACGAAGUGAAUUGGUUCUUUGUAAGCAUGGCACUUGGAUUUAUUGUGGGAUUCUGGAUAGUCGUUGCUCCUUUGUUCAUUUAUAGAUCAUGGAGAUAUGCCUACUUUUGCUUCCUUGAUGACUUGUGGUAUAAACUACAAACCUUUUGGUAA